GGCCGGGGCGGGUCCCGCCGGGCGGGCGAGAGGCGGCGGGGGCAGCGCGAUGGCCGGGCGGGCGGCGGAGCCCAUGCCCGGGUACGCGGAGCUGGUGCGGCGCGGGUUCGGCAGCGCGGCGGCGGCGGCGCGGCGCUGCGGAGGGUGCGGCUGGGAGCUGGCGAGCCGCACCUGGGCCGAGAACGCGCACCUGGGCUGGGCCGAGGUGCUGCUCUGCGCCCUCGCGGCGCUCGGCUGGACCGCGCUGCGCAGGGAGGCGGCGGCCAGGCUGUUCAGGCCCUUCGGGGAGUGGUGCAAGCUGCGGCCGAAGGAUGCUGCUAAGAUGCCUGAGAGUGCCUGGAAGCUGCUUUUCUACACGUUAUCCUGGUCAUAUGGCAUCUACCUGCUCUUCUUCACCGACUACCCCUUCUUCUACGACCCACCCUCCGUCUUUUACGACUGGAAGAAAGGCAUGGACGUGCCCACGGACAUCGCCAUCGCCUACCUGUUGCAGUGCAGCUUCUACGGCCACUCCAUCUAUGCCACUGCCUACAUGGACACGUGGCGCAAGGACUCCAUUGUGAUGCUCCUCCACCAUGUGGUCACGCUGACCCUCAUAGCCUUCUCAUACGCUUUCAGGUACCACAACGUGGGCAUCCUUGUGCUCUUCCUGCACGACGUCAAUGACGUGCAGCUGGAAUUCACCAAGCUCAAUGUCUACUUCAAGCACCGAGGGGGAGUCUAUCAUCGCCUCAAUGACAUCAUCUCCAACAUCGGCUGCCUCACCUUCUGCAUCAGCUGGUUCUGGUUCCGUCUCUACUGGUUCCCCCUCAAGGUGCUCUACGCCACUUGCUACUCCAGCCUCCAGGUGGUUCCUAAUAUCCCCUUCUACUUCUUCUUCAACGCUUUGCUCCUUAUCCUCACUCUGAUGAACAUCUACUGGUUUCUGUACAUCGUCCUGUUCGUGGCCAAGGUGCUGAUGGGGCAGAUGCAGGAGGUGAACGAUGUGCGCGAGUACGACGUGGAGGACAGCAAGAAAACCACAACGGCCAAGAAGAAAGAGGCUGGACUGCAGCUGCCCAGUGCUCUGAAAGAAGGGAUGCACCUGAAGAAUGGACUUGUAAAAGCCAAGCGGUUAUGAGGGAAGCGCGGCUGCUGCCGCCUGCGCAGCCUGGCUGGAUCUGGGGACUGACCCGGGACCCUGCACUCAAACCCAGCAAAUGAAAGGCACAAAGGACUUCAUCCCCGACACCCCUUCGUCCCCUGCCCGGAGCCAGGGAAGAGACGCCACGGACAGGAUCUGGCCCCUCCCAGGCCUUCACCUGAUGCUGAUGUGUUUUCCGUAGCCGGUCCGCGCGGGUUCGGUUGGUGGCUUUGCUGGCCCAGGUAGGAUUUGGAGCUGGCUUUAGGUGUCCUGGUGCUUCUUCUGUCACUCCAUCCUUCGGCUGUUCUCAGUCCCUCUGUGAUUUCCCCUGUCUUUCUUGUUGGAGUCUCCCGCUGACCCUUCCUCUGACCCGGCAUCAAACUGGGGAGGGAAAUGUCGUCUCCUCCACCGGCAAUCACCGUCCCGGGCGAGGGGAACCCACAGCCAGCUCUUCUCUUGCUGCCAGGCAGGGACUGGAGAGGUGACGCUGUGCACCUCGGAGCCUUCUCCCUCAGGAGGGGUCACCAACACCGAGCUGCCCACGGAUAUCUGGAGGCACAGCAGUUCCCACGCCUGGAAACCCAACCCUGGAGCAGUAUUCCAGCCUCCUGUCCUGCCGGAUGAGGGCCAGGAGAUUGGAUUUGCUUUAAAAGCUUAUCUAAGUCUUAAGAGUUGUUGAAACAGCCGGUCCUGGUCCUGCAGGGCUGCGUCCGUGCUGCGGUUCCGCAGUCCCUCACCCCACAUCUGUGCCAUUGCGGUCGUCGCACGGGGUCAGGACCGUGGGCGCGGUGGGCACCGUCCCGGCUGGGGAUCCCGGGCGUUAAUUCCAGGCAUCAGAGGGGGGUUAAUCAGUGAGGUUUUUUCUUGUUUGUCUGUCACGUCGACUCAACCCCGGGCGCGUUGUGGGAGCUAUGGGGAAAGCUCUUCGGUAAACAGAAAGUGCCGAGCGGAGGCACGGGCUGUCGCCUUCUCGCUCGGCAUCGCCUGGAAGGGUUUCGGAGGGGAGCAUCUUGGUGCUUUCUUUCCUUGUCUUCCAAGCGGGAUUUGCAGAAGGAAAUGAAGGGAAGCGAUGUCCCAGGUCUCUGCUCAAUCCUAGCAGAGCCGGGGCAGCAGCGGUGGGUGACGGCGGCGCCUCGACAGUGCGUGGGGCGAAUUCUAUAGUAUCGGCUUGGCCAGGCUCCAGCAUCGAGCCGGGUAACUCGUUAGCUGGGUAACUCGUUAGGCAGCACUGUGUGCAUC